AUGCAUUCCACCACUACUCUCUUCCUCGUUCCCAUUCGCCGCCAUGGUCUUUUCAAACACCACCUCCGGCGCCUCCACUCAAAACCGGUAAUAGAGUACCCUCUUACACACCCGAUUUACACCAUUUGGGCUUCUAAUACUUCUCUAGGGAAAACCCUUGUCUCAGCUGGCCUUUCCAUUUCAUUUCUUUCCACCACACAUCCAAAAAAGUUCAUUUAUCUCAAGCCCGUUCAGACUGGCUUUCCGGAUGAUUCUGAUUCGCGCUUCGUUUAUAGGAAAUUCUACGAGUUUUUAGCUUACAAGCCAUUGCCGUUCUCGGUUUUAGCGUCGAACCAUGUUCUCAGAGUCUCGGUUCCUGCUGGUAAAAGCCUUUUGGGAACUGGCUUUGUGGGUGGAAGUGGAAAAGGUGAAAAUUUUGGGAUUCAGAAUGAAAAAGGAAAUUUUUUUGAUGGUUUUGGGAACGUGGGUUUGUAUGAAGAGAGGAAAUUACAGGGUAGCGAGAUUGGUGCAGAUGAAUUUGGGAGUUCAGAAUUGGUUUGUAAGACUAUGCAUGGAUGGAAGGAGGCAGUGUCUCCACAUUUGGCAGCCGAGAGAGAAGGGGCCUUCGUGGGGGAUUAUGAGCUAUUGGAUACGUUGAAGAGAUGCAUUGGGAGUGAUUUGGGUGGAAAAUGGUGCGAUAAAGGAGAACUGGACGCAAUGUGUGUGAUUGAGACUGCUGGCGGAGUAGCCAGUCCAGGACCAUCUGGUUCUCUGCAGUGCGACUUAUAUCGGCCUUUCCGUCUGCCUGCUAUUCUCGUGGGAGAUGGGCGUUUAGGUGGCAUCUCAGGGACUAUCUCUGCUUAUGAAAGUCUAAAAUUACGAGGUUAUGAUGUUGCUGCAAUUAUUUUUGAAGAUCAUGGCCUUAUGAAUGAGGUGCCAUUGUUAUCUUAUUUCCGGAAGAGGGUUCCCGUACUCGUGCUUCCACCUGUUCCACAAGACAUGUCUGAUGAUCUGAUCAACUGGUUUGAUAAAUCUCAUACUGUUUUCACUUCUCUUAAGGAAAUAAUGUUCUCUGCCUUUGUAGAGAGAAUGCAGAGAUUACAUGACAUGCCAAAGAAGGCAUGCAACAUUCUCUGGUGGCCAUUCACUCAGCACAAGUUUGUACCUCAAGAAAAUGUUACAGUCAUAGAUUCACGCUGUGGAGAGAACUUAGCUGUUCACAAGUUUCAGAGUUUUGAUUUGAUUUCUCAACAAUUUGAUGCUUGUGCAAGUUGGUGGACUCAGGGUCCUGAUGCUAUCAUGCAGAUUGAACUUGCUAGAGAUAUGGGCUAUACUGCUGCUAGGUAUGGGCAUGUAAUGUUUCCGGAGAAUGUUUAUGAGCCAGCUUUAGAAUUGGCUGAACUUUUGCUUGAAGGUGUGGGAAAAGAAUGGGCUUCACGGGUCUAUUUUUCUGAUAAUGGUUCCACAGCAAUCGAAAUUGCCCUUAAGAUGGCAUUUCGCAAAUUCUUGUUUGAUAAUAAAGAACUCUUAGACCUUACAAAUGGUGGCAUGGAUGAAAAAUGUAUUGACCUGAAGGUCCUAGCUCUGAGAGGAUCUUAUCAUGGAGAUACAUUGGGUGCUAUGGAAGCACAGGCACCUUCUCCUUACACUGGAUUUCUGCAGCAACCCUGGUACAAGGGAAGAGGUCUCUUUUUAGAUCCACCGACAGUUUGCAUGCAGAAUGGUCUUUGGAAAUUAUGCCUUCCUGAGAAGAUGCAAACUGAAAAGUUUGAAGUGGAAUAUGUCUCUUUCAGUUCACGUGAUGAAAUUUUCAAGAGUAAUCGAGAUGGGUCGAGUCUUGCCGGGUGUUACAGAUCAUUUAUAUCCCAAGCAUUGCAUCGAAAUUCUGGCGGGUUUUCCCAUAUUGGAGCAUUGAUUAUUGAGCCAGUUAUACAGGGUGCUGGUGGAAUGCAAAUGAUUGAUCCACUAUUUCAACGCGUACUUGUUAGAGAAUGCCAAAGUCUGAAAGUUCCUGUUAUUUUUGAUGAGGUUUUUACUGGAUUCUGGCGUCUUGGAACAGAGUCCGCUGCAGAAUUGCUCUGCUGUCAGCCAGAUAUUUCUUGUUUUGCGAAGUUGAUGACUGGUGGUAUCAUACCCUUGGCUGCCACUUUAGCAUCUGAUGCUAUUUUCAAAGCAUUUAUUGGAGAUUCAAAGCUCAAGGCUCUUUUGCAUGGGCACUCGUAUUCUGCACAUGCAAUGGGGUGUAUGGCUGCUGUCAAGUCUAUCAAAUGGUUUAAGGACUGCACAACAAACAUUAAUCUGAUAGGUGAAUCAAGGUUGCUUCAGGAGUUGUGGGAUUCUGAACUAGUGUGCCAGAUCUCACUGCAUCCAGCAGUUCAUAGAGUUGUGGCAUUAGGAACUCUCUGUGCCAUUGAAAUCAAAGCUGAAGGCAGUGAUGUUGGGUAUGCGUCCAUGUAUGCAAGUUCUCUUGUGAAGAAGUUACGCGAGGAUGGCAUCCAUAUGAGGCCGCUUGGUAAUGUCAUUUAUGUUAUGUGCGGGCCUUGCACCUCUACUCAGGUUUGCUCCAGCAUUCUGGUGAAAAUUUUCGCUAGAAUUCAGGAGUUCAGCCAAGUGAAUGACUCAGCAACACGUGUAGUUGAGCAAUCUCCUAACUCUAGCAAUGACUAUGCUGAGAGUUCAUCCCUGCGUAGCGAUGAUGAAUAUUUGAAGAGUCUUCCUCCACUUGUUCAUUUUCGACCUACAGACGGAGAACUUAUCGUCAAAUACUUGAUCAAAAAGAUCAAGAAGGAGAAACUGCCUUAUGAUAAACUUGAAUAUGCAUUAUAG